AUGUCGAGCUCGGGCAAAUGGCGCGAGGAGCAGAUCCUGAUCAUCUGCCCUGGCAGCCAAACGACCCUUGCGCAACUCGGAUGCAGCGAGCUGACGCUGCCGACGCACCGCAUCCCCACGCGCAUGUUCAAGGAUGGCGACGAGUGGCGCCCGUAUCACACGUACAGCCGCACAAAGAUUGUCAACGGUGUCGAAGAGGAGGAAUGGGUCGAGGAUGUCGACUCGGACGAAGGCGCAGUGUACCCCAUUCGUGCUGGCCACAUCAUCCACAUGGACGCCUUCCUCGCCUUCCUCGACCAUGUCCACAGCCUCCUCACAACGACCUACCACAAUACGCCCAUUCUGCUGAUGGCGUCGCCGCAAUGGACGCGUCCCGACGCCGAGGCUAUUGCGCGGUACAUCUUCGAGAAGACGAGAACGCCUGCGCUCUGUAUAAUUCAUAGCGGCAUUGCCACCCAAUACGGACUGAAGUGGCCCAACAUGACGGUCAUUGAUAUUGGCUAUCAGAAGGUCGACGUUACUGCCAUCCACGACGGCCGCGUCGUCAACCACAUUGAUGUUGGAGCUUCCAUCGCAGACAGUCAGCUUUCCGGAGGCGAAGUCUUCACACAAAGACUCAAGAAGCUUCUAGCAUCCAAGAACUUCACGUACGACAUGGCUGAACAAUUGAAGAAGAGCGCCAUAUGUGAAGUUCUGCCAUACAUGCCAACGGCAGAUAAACUUUUCGAGCUUCCCAUCGCGAGUUCGUCUGGCGCACCGCCCAGUGCACCCGCUGCUAGCAAGCCUCUCGCCCCCGUCGCUGCCCCCGAGGUAUCCAAACUUGACGGCGCUGCGAACGACGAGGAAGGCGGCGAUGAGAAUAAAACCGAGGAAGAUGGUGUCUUGGAUGUGGCUGCUAUUGUUACAAGUGGGCAAACAAAGGAGUUUCUCGCGCGCAAGGAAAAGGAAAAGGGCAAGCCGGGACGAAAGCCCAAGGCGCAGCAAGAGGAGGCGCCCGCCAGAGCUGCACGUCUCCCAAACAGCAAGAGAACCCACAAUACGUUCUUCUACGAGGAGAUCGUCCAGGAGCUGGUCGUUCCUGAGCCUAAGCAAGCUCUCACGGAGGUGCCCAAGGAGAGUGGACCUGCCCCUACAGAGCCGGCAACCACCGACGGCGCGGUUGCAGGAGACCCUACGGCACCUGCUGCUGCUCCCACUGCUGUGGGUGGCGCCGCCCCGGAUGUUACCAUGACUGACGGCGCAGCUCCUACUGAAGUGAAGGAGGAGCCCAAGCCUGAAGAGCCCAAAGCUGUGCCCUCAAACGGAGAUGCCCCCAAGGCUAGUGAGGACGCAGAGCCCAAGGACUUGUCUAACGACACGCCUGAAUACAGGGCAAAGCGCGUGAAGAAGGAUAUCGAAGUCGGUCUGGAGCGAUUUACAUUUGCUGAUCGCUCUGAGAUUGACCGUAUAGUCACUGCCAUUUACCGCACAGUCCAAGGGAUUGACGAUAUGUACAUGCGCCCACCUUGCUGGGACAACAUUGUCUUUGUCGGCAACGGAUCGCGCCUGCGCGGCCUCAAAGAGAACAUUUUGGCCACACUCAACGCCAGACACAUUGUUUCUCCUUCCACGGCGACCAUGUUCACCUCUGAGCUGCCCUCGAACAUGGCCACACCCACGGGUACCGGCGCGCAAACUCCCACAAGCUCGUUCAACGGAGUUCCCCACCAGCUGCAGUCCGGGGGGGUCAACCCGCUGCUCCAAGCUGCCACCACGGCCAGCCUGAACCAGCAUCAGUCGCUGGGUACGCCACAGGCUGGGUCUGAAGCUGCCGGCCCCGCUAGCCACCACUUCCACAGCCAGACGCCCACGUCGAUCAAGCUAGCUACUAUGCCCAACUAUCUUAGCGAAUGGACCAAGGCGGGCUUUGAGGAGUCCAUGUUCCUCGGUAGCCAGGUUGCCGCCAGAAUUGCGUUUUGCCUGCACUCCAACAUGGAUACGCAGUCUAUUGAGGCGCAGCGCAUGAUGAGCCUGAGCCGAGUCGACUACAAUGAACUUGGUCCCAAGGGUAUCCGUACGCAUUCUAUGCUCGGCUAA